AUGGAAGACCUGGCCGCCUUCUCCUUGGACCCCUGUCUGGAAGGAUACGGACCUCUGAUGUCCCACCAGCCGUGUCUGCCGUCACCCGUGGGACCCGCCGGCUUCCCGGUGACCCGCUGCCUUCCUCAGAACCCCAUGAGGGCUUACUGCCCCGGGGCAUAUCCUAACGCCGGGGAUCUGCCCAGCUACCCCGACGCCAUGAGCAAUGCAGAGUGGUUUGGGGGCACCCAGGACAUGCGCUACCCCCCAUUCUCCCGAAUUCUGGCCCCGUCGGGGUUUAACGCGUCGCCGGCCGGCUGCUUGGGGUACAUCGGGGACGGGGCCAAGACCCCGCUGUACAUCCAGCACGCGGCGCGGCGGAAGCGGAGGGUCCUGUUCUCGCAGGCGCAGGUCUACGAGCUGGAGAAGCGCUUCGAGCAGCAGAAGUAUCUGACGGCGGCAGAGAGGGAGCAGCUGGCGAGGCUCAUCCAGCUCACCCCCAACCAGGUGAAGAUCUGGUUCCAGAACCACCGCUACAAGAUGAAGCGCCAGGCGCGGGGGGCAGGAGAGGCCAAAGCGUACGGCGCGGGGUCCGGGGGGUCCUCCAUAGAGGAUUACGGACCCCCCGAGAUCAAACUGGAUUACAAAGGAUCCCCGGAGGAGCCGCUCCACGGCCAGGGCCUGCUCUUGGCUCACGACUUCCUCAGCUCGGCGGCGGACCACCAGGAGUUUGAGAAAGGAGCCCGAAACCCGGUGCUGAAACCAUGGUGA